CCCAAAACACGCUAUCCCACAUUCAUCUCACAACUAUAUUAAUUCUAUAAUGUAAAGUUUUAUUUGAGAAAUUAAAAAAAAAAAAAAUUGUGAUGUGAAAAACAUAAAAAAGGGUUAUCAGAUACAUCCACUCACUCUUCGCUUCUCUACUACCCACCCUCUCUUCCCCCCUUCUUCUCUAGAAAUCUCCACUACCCACAACCUCAGCUCUCUCUCUCUCUCUCUCUCUCUCUCUUGAGCUCAACUAACUCCCCAUAAAGGAUAGUUAUUUUCUCGUAUAAUUGUCAGCUGCAAUCUUGCAUCAAUCAUGGCUGUUCUUGUAUAUCUGGUGCUUUUCCUGGCCCUGACUGGCCAGUCAAGUGCUACAUAUUGCGUGUGCAAAGACGGGAAUACACAAGCCCUUCAAAAGACACUGGAUUAUGCUUGUGGAGCUGGAGCUGACUGUAGCCCCAUCACUCAAAGUGGUUCCUGUUACAAUCCUAACACUGUAAAGAAUCACUGUGACUAUGCUGUAAACAGCUAUUUCCAAAGGAAGAAUCAAGCCCAAGGGAGCUGUGAUUUCUCAGGCACUGCCACCACUAGUCAAACUGCCCCCACUGGAGCUUCUGCCAACUGUGUUUAUCCUGCAAGUUCCAGCCAAGCAGGUACAAGCACAACCCCAUCAACAACUCCCUCAACCACAACACCAAGUACAACAACACCCACCACCACGCCCUCCUCGACCACCACGCCCACGUCUACAACCACAGGCACCACUCCUACGGUGUAUGGCGCAGGAAUCAGCCCCAUAGGAAGUGGCACCACGGGCAUCAAUGACAAUGAAGGUGUGGCUCUCCAAAGUGGCACUAAUCUACUUUUCUUCUCCCUUGCUCUGACCUUCUUGUCAGUAUUGCUGUGGGGCUGAAGGGGAAAACAUAACAAGCCACAGGAGGGAGAGGAGGGGUUAUAAUUUAGUGGGGUUGAUGUGUGGAUUAAAUGUUGCCACGACAGGAGAAGGGAUAGCUAGAGAUGAUGUAAUUUGAUAUUGGGUGCGUUGGUUAUCAUAGAGGCAAAACCCCACUAGGUUUUUUUUAUUUUUUUUGGGUGUCUUCUAUGUGGAGAAGAAAGCUGGGGAAUUCGAUUCCUUUUUUUGAGUGAUAUGACUGCUAUUGGGGGUAGAACCUAAUCUCUUCUUUUUAGAUGUUUCCUUUUUUUUAUGUUUUUGUAUAUCUAGAGAGUUAGUAUUAUUUUAAAAAAAUUUUAUUACCCCCA